UGUCUAAGCGGUAGUUGGCCUUUUUUGUUUCCCACCCGCAGAUAUGCUUAUUCCAGACCGGUAAUACUGAGAGGCCUGUCCGAUAACACAAAGUUCCAGUUCCUGUGCUCCAAGAGCAGCCUGCUGCAGCAGUACGGGGACAGGCUGGUGCGCCUCAGCACGGCCAACACCUACUCCUACAGGAAAGUGGACGUCUCGUUCCGGGAGUUCCUGACACACUUCCUCCGGCCCCAGUCUCUGGACACUCUGGGAAGCGACACGCUGUACUUCUUUGGUGACAACAACUUCACGGAGUGGCAGAGUCUGUUUGCGCACUACCGACCUCCCCCCUAUGUUCUCCCUCACACCAGCGGGGCCUACAGCUUCGGGAUAGCAGGUCCUGGGACAGGAGUCCCCUUCCACUGGCACGGCCCUGGGUACUCCGAAGUCAUCUAUGGGAGGAAGCGGUGGUUCCUGUACCCACCAGAGAAACAGCCCCAUUUCCACCCCAAUCGGACCACACUGUCCUGGGUAAUGGAGUCAUAUCCAGAGCUGCCCCCAGAUGAGAAGCCUGUGGAGUGUACCAUCCGUCCAGGGGAGGUGCUAUACUUCCCUGACCGCUGGUGGCAUGCCACCCUCAAUCUGGACACUGGCGUCUUCAUCUCCACAUUCCUGGGAUGAGUGCCUGGGAUAUCACAGUUCCUCCAAGGGAAGGCCAAGUCUCCUCUUCCUCUUGGGUUCUGGGAAAAAGACUUAUUUAUGGUGUCAGGGAGCAGAUUUCCUGACCUGCGGUGGACACUUGAAAUUGCAGCGAAGAACUGGACUCUCACUCAUGAUCUGUUACCAAUUACAUGAUUUCCUUUGGCCGUUCCUUUCAAACAGUGUUAUAAUACUUACAGUCCAGGGUAAGACUCCUUUUACUGAAUUCACGCUCAUCGG